GAAUCGAUCGGACGGCAGUUUGUCGAGUACCUACCUGUCAACCUCCAACCAACAGCGGCGGGUAUUGCAGAGGCGUGACGUGACUCAUACAUCUCAGUAGAUAUGCAACCCCUGUAUCACGAAUUGACACCGCAUCCAUCGCACGUGAGAAUCGAGAUCAUCGAACAACCCCAGCAGCGGGCCACCCGGUUCCGGUAUGAGUGCGAGGGUCGCUGUGCCGGAUCGAUUCCCGGCGUGAGGUACAGCGAUCGGCUCAAGAGUUUCCCGACGAUUCGAGUGGUGGGCUUCAACGGUCGAGCAAAGGUCCGGGUGUCUUGUGUUACGGCCGGCGUACCGUACAGGGUUCAUCCGCAUGGACUCGUCGGACGGAACUGUAGCGACGGGAUCUAUCAGAACGUUAUCGAAGACUGUCGACUGAACUAUUCGUUCAACAAUCUGGGCAUCCAAUGCAUCAAGAAGCAACUGAUUCCGGACGCAAUCCAGAAACGGCAAGAGCUCGGAGUUGAUCCGUUUCAAGAGGGCUACAAUCAUAGUCAUUCUUUGAAUCAUCAUGAGCUGAGUGCGAUUCGUUUGUGUUUUGAGGUUUUCCUGGAAAUCUCUUCAACCUAUAGCCGACCUUUGGAACCGGUUGUGUCCGAUGUCAUUUUCGAUAAGAAAACCUUGGAGGAGCUGGUAAUCUGUCAGCUUAGUAGUGUAAGCGCACCUGCCGCUGGAGGGAAGACAAUAAUUUUGACCUGCGAAAGGGUUACCAGAGAUGACAUUCAGGUACGGUUUUUCGAAAAAUCUGCCGCAGGACUGGUACUCUGGGAAGCUUUCGCUGACUUUCAACCAUCCAACGUACACAAACAGGUGGCCAUAACCUUCAAAACUCCACCCUACCUCAACAGUGAUAUAAAAAACGAUGUGCAGGUGCUAGUUGAACUGUUUAGGCCAUCAGAUAAGAAAACCAGUGAACCUAGGACGUUUACAAUUUAUCCUAAUCGAACUUUCAGUGAAUCUAAUAGUUCCUCGAAUGGUCCGCUGCCCGAAUUCAAUCAAUCGUUUGCGCUUUCUUCUUUGGCUUCGAGCACGCAGCUGGACUUGGACUUGGAAGCCACGAAUGGUCUCAGCGUUCCGUAUCAGCAACUUCCAACUUUGGAACUCAACGAUACAGCUAUGGACGAUGAGUUCCUGCAGAGUCUGAUGACUCAACAACAGCCACCGGGUUUCGGAAACGCGAUAUAUCCCGAUCAAAAUGGUUUUCAGUAUUCUCAUAUGUUGGAAACUUCCUCAAACCUUCCCAUAUCUAGCAGCGCGAGCAGUGCUGCCGACUACAGUAGCUAUGACGAAGUUAGCGACUAUCACGAAGCGGCUUAAAUGUGCUCAAAAUGGCGUCAUAAGCGUCAAAACUAAUCUUUUUUUGAAUAACCUUUAUAGUAUCGUAUGAAAACGAAAAAAUGGAAGUCGUUUCAGUGAGAACAGUGCACAGCAGAAUGUUUGUAGGGGGGAGUAGCGAGUAGUGGGCCCCAGGGACAUUUCGACAGUAAGUCGAAGGAGAUACAUAAUUAAACACAUCUGCCGUCAGCAUCUCUCAUCAAUAGCAUUUUUCGCAAAAAAAUACGAACUAAAAUUGUCAUCAUUUCAUGGCAAUUUUAGAUUUUCUCAAUGUUCUCAAUAUUCGAAUAACCGAAAUCAUUUUACCACAUAAUUGUUCGGUUCUGAUUUGAUAAAGUAGAUGUUGCACAAUUCCGCUUUAAUUAAAGUUAACAUUACCAGGAUUUUUCCCACAUGUAUCCGGGCCGGGUUAAUCUGAGCUACUUUAACUAUAAACCUGGACAAAUCCUGGCAAAAUUUAUUAACCAACAUCAAAAAGAAACACAGUUCAAUUCUUUUUUCUUCGGAACACAUCAGCAGAUUUGAAUCGAUUUAUGAGCCAAGAAUGGUUCAAGAUAAUCUUAAAAAAAAACUUGGUCAAACAAUUUCGAUUUUGGGUGCAAAAUGAAGAAAUUUUAACAGUUAAUUUAAAUAUUUUGUCGAUAUCGUAAACUAAGUGAAAAAAUCCUGCCAAAAAACGGGUAUUUUUUCACUAAUUAAAGCCGGACCACCGGUCCGGAUAGGAUCUUUCCCAAUUUUGAUAUCAAAUACCCGGACAAGUCGGGGUUGAAAAGGUGAUCUUUUAAAAAUAACUAGACUUGAACUUUUCCUCGAAGAAAAGGGUUCUUCAAUUUCUUUCAAUUCAUCAACAAGCUCAACUUACACCUCAAGUAAACCCAAUAGAUCAGAAUCUGUUUUUUUUUACAUUCACGUUCACCCGCGAUGUAAAUCAAAUUAUUAUGAACGUCUGUUAGUAUAGAAGAAAACAGUCAACUUGAUGAGUGAUGAGAAAUGUUGUCCGAAAAUCAGGCAGAUUCAUCAUCGUCAUGUUUAAUAUUUCAGCUACUAGACUCAACUUUUUAUUAAUGUUAGUGAAGGUCGAACUUGAUUCUACGAAGGCUUGAUUUUUUUGAUUCGAUUAUCCGUUCAGUUUUUU